AGACGGUGCUCUGGGCUCUGAACUCUGAGAGCAGAUCUCCGGACAAGACUAGCUGUAGGUUGAGUGAAUCGGACCCGCGGACUGUCAGGUGAUUGGCUGAAGGUGUAUGACAUCAUUGAAUGUCCGCUGCCCCAGCCGCGCGCUAAACUCCUGGAAAGAGAUCAGAGCCUCUCGCGCUGAUGAGAGUUACAUCUGGCGGAUUGUAAAUCGACUCGAUCGAGAGAAAGACACUCGCACUUCCGUUCCAGGUGUUUAGUUGAGAAGCCAGCCGCGAUGGUCCGAGUCUUAAUGAGCUUCUCACCGCUCGCGAGCGCUGCGCGCGUCAAAAGCGCAUGAUGUGAAAAAUCACGAGGACAGCUCUUCUAAUCAUUUUAAAGAAAAACUAAUUUUCUUCUUUUUCUGGCUGGCUGGGCAUUUUUAAAAUCAUGCAACAUGAAUGUAACUAACAGCACUGGAUCAGAGGGACUCGCGCCCUGGAACUUUAACGGUUCAUUGAGCAACGUGUCCAAUGAUGCCAACCUCAGCUGUGACAGCGGCAGUGCUAAUGGCUCAUGUGCAGCGGUCGUGGCAGAGAGUCCCUACAAAACGGUGGAGAUGGUCUUCAUUGCAUUGGUUACAGGAUCCCUCAGUUUUGUCACUGUUGUGGGCAACAUCCUUGUCAUGCUUUCGAUCAAGGUCAAUCGUCACCUGCAGACCGUCAACAAUUACUUCCUUUUCAGCCUGGCUUGUGCAGAUCUCAUCAUUGGUGCGUUCUCCAUGAACCUUUACACUGUCUACAUUAUCAAGGGCUACUGGCCUCUCGGCCCUGUAGUGUGUGAUCUGUGGCUAGCACUGGAUUAUGUGGUCAGUAACGCCUCUGUCAUGAACUUGCUAAUCAUCAGCUUUGACCGAUACUUCUGUGUGACCAAACCACUCAGUUACCCCACACGCAGAACCACCAAGAUGGCGGGACUCAUGAUUGCCUCUGCCUGGAUCCUGUCCUUCAUCCUAUGGGCACCUGCGAUCCUGUUCUGGCAGUUCAUUGUAGGUGAACGAACCGUGGAACCACGCGAAUGUUACAUCCAGUUCCUUUCCAACCCUGCAGUGACGUUUGGCACGGCUAUCGCUGCAUUCUACUUGCCGGUGGUCAUCAUGACAGUGCUGUAUGUGCACAUCUCUCUGGCCAGUCGCAGCCGUGUGUCCAAGCAGAAGCCCGAGGCCAAAAAGGAGAAGAAAAGCCCAAACUCCAGUGGUCUGCUCAAGAGUCACAUCUUAAAACAGAACAACAACAACCAGUCUCCUCCUAAGCCCAGCUUGGAUACCUGUUCUACUGUAGACACCAUGAAGAACGGGAAGCUAGAUGAGUCUGUGUGUUCCACCAAAGCUGACUCUUGUGUGCAACCAGAGGAAAAAGAGAGCUCAAACGACUCCAGCACUGCCAGCAUAGCACCUAAAGAGCCCAAAGAAAGAGCUAACAGUGAGGCAAUUUCAGAGGGUGGCUUGGCACCUGCGCCAGCAGCUGUGUCUAAACUCAACCCUCAAUCCAAAUGGUCCAAGAUCAAGAUAGUCACCAAACAGGCUGGAGAUGAGUGCAUCACAGCCAUUGAGAUCGUCCCACCAAACAGUGCCGGCGAGAGGCGUUCAAUCCCUGUGAACCGACCCCGCACAGUGGUGCGGAAGUUUGCAAGCAUCGCUCGCAGCCAGGUGAAAAGGAAAAGGCAGAUGGCGGCGCGAGAGAAAAAAGUGACAAAGACCAUCUUUGCCAUCCUGCUGGCCUUCAUUAUCACAUGGACACCAUACAACGUGAUGGUCUUAAUCAGCACGUUUUGCCAGUCUUGCGUUCCGGACACAGUCUGGGCCAUCGGCUACUGGCUCUGCUAUGUCAACAGUACCAUCAACCCUGCUUGCUAUGCACUCUGUAAUGCCACCUUUAAAAAGACUUUCAAAAACCUCCUCAUGUGCCAGUAUAAGAACAUUGGCACCAGAUGAGCAGAGGGCAGAGGCAGCCAGCAGUGUCUGGAGAUGUGUGCAUGGUAUGGAGGGUACACAAGGCUGUCCCAGCUCUUCUGGCCCCCUUGAACCAUAGAAGGUAGUACUGCGCAGUACAUUGUGAGGCUUCAUAAUCCCAUAAUGUUUAAACAGUGGGCUGCACCCUAACCAAAAGUUUACGUAUUAAGGAAUUAUUGCUUAUAGAUGGUUGAUGGCAUUGUCAUAAGAGACUUAACAUCAGAAGAAAUUGAGCUGAGAUCAUGAAACAAAUGUAUCUUCUAGUAAUCUACUGUAAUCAUUGCUGCACGACCAAGAUCUUUGAAACUCUACACUACAGUGAUGUGAAAACCAAUUAAAGUUCCCCAGUCACACCUCAUUAUCAACAGAGAAGAGAGAGAUUCCCAGGAAGUAUUAAAGUAAAAACCAAAAGAGACAUAAGGAAAAAUGUAAUGAACAUGAUGAAUUGAGUGAUUGUAUUUAUACCCCUAGAACUGUACAGCACAAAUGGUAUAAAUCAAGUCCUUUUGGUUAGUAUUAUUCAUAUUAACAGAAAAUAAACUGUUUCUGACAAAGACCUCAGAUUAUCUACAUAAACACAAGGUUUUGAUUGGAGAACAUACAGCCAUUGAAAGACUUUAUGAAUUAUGGAAAAUCUAACUGUCUCACAGAACCUGGAAGCAUUGUGCUCUUCAGAGAGUUUAUGCUUCUGAUAUUUGAAUCAAGAAAAGCAUAAAGAAGAAAGAUUUGCUGGUGGACCACAACAGCAGUGUCAUCCACCACAUUCAUACCAAGGCAAAUUCAGGGCAUGUGACUGAGUUUUGGAGAAGUUAGUCUAAUCAUUAUCCUCUUAGUGUGAUCCUCUUGAGCUUCUGGAAUAGGUUGAAAUUUAAAAGGAUCUCCUCAAUGAAUUAAGAUAUGCAUUAUGGACUUUAAAUAGGAUGAGACACUCUAGACUGAGCUACCUGUAUGAGAAAUGUCAGUGUAAGGUUUUGACCUUACAUAUGGGUGUAAAUAUGUUUAGUUUACAUAAUGGACAUACAGUAUGCUCUUGAAAGUAUUAUUUCUUCCCUGCAUUUAAUGUCUGGAUGUUUGUAUUUAGUCAUGUGAUUUUACAAAUGAAAUAUUAAAUGUAUUGCUGUCUGUAUGCAAAACUCAUGAAGUCAUUUCUAAUUUGUGAUAUACUUGGGAAAAAUAGAUGAAUUGCACAUUUAUUUAAGCUGUUUAUAAGAUGUUCAAUUUCAAGCAUUUAAUUUCAAUUGGGGCACCUAGGACUAUCAGCAAAUCUGAGAAAUGGAAAAUUGGUUUUAUUCCAACAUCUAAAAAAACCCUCAUCAUUUAGCAAAUAUUCACUUCAUAAUAUUGCUUUCUCAUGGUGCAAUAUAGUUUGUUCAAAAUUUUGCCUGGUUUUUAUUUACAUUUAAAGUUUGUAACUGAUGAAACAGCGGAAUUUAAAUCUGAGGGAAUUAUCUCAAAGACUAAUUGCACAGUUAUGUUACAUCUGGUCAGAAUUAGCAGAAAGAGAGACAAAUGUGUUGGUGUUCUUACAAUACUAACAAUCUGCCAGUUUCAGAAAUUACAGACUGUAUUUUAAAGCAUUAAACCAAAGAGGUCGUGGCACUGUGGUCUGUUAUUAGGCAUGGUCUGAAAGUAAAAUUAUUCAUUCAUUAGUUAAAGAACAUUAGCCUGAUUUUAAGAUCCAGAGACUUGCCUCUCUAACAUCUUGUGUUUGGUUUCAUGUUUCUACCUCAUAAUUCAAUUUCCAUUAAUCAGUCUUCAUCUCUAAACCAGCUCAAAAUCUCUUUUUAAUGAGCGGUAAUGACAAAGUGACUUAUGCCAUUGCAAAAGAAUCUAAAAACCAGAUUUCCAGUUUUCAGAAUUCAUGUUAAAACGUUCCAAUUACUUCUAUUUUUUUCUUGUGGAGAUGAUACAUUGACUGAUGAAGUAGGGCCUUUUAUAAAGAAAGGGUUCACCAUUUUAUUUAUACAAUUUAUCUAAAAAAGGCUUCCCUUAUUCUAGGGAAAUUAGAUGAAGAAAUGGUUU